UCUGGACCGUCAGUACCAUUUCAACUACCCACUUGUUCGGAUGGAACAACGACGGAAUCUGCUCGAGCGGGAACCGGAGAUAUACACAGAGAAACACACUGAUAGAGAGACAGAGGCAGAGAGAGCGCGCGUGUGUAGAUAUUGAAGACAUUAUAUCCCAUGGGGAUUGUGCAGGCCAAGGAAUAAUACAAAAUAGGAAAAUAUAUGUUGGGCCGUUUGUUUGUCCUGUUCGUUGUACUCGUCUAGGUAUGCAAGGGACAGGCAGUUGUAGUUUCAAGGAUGAUGGAUUGCUGAAGGGACUAAGCUUCAGGAUAGCACACCGUUCGUAGUCGGAGUACAGUGAUUUCAAGGACUGUUUUCGGGGGAAUCCAUGUUGAUGGUGUUGCCGUGGUUGAUAAAUGUGAACAUCGGUGGACUGUUUUGGAACUGUGAAAUCAUUGAACGACUCGAAAAGUUCUGAAUUGUGGAUGGUGGUGGACGCAGAUAUAGGUAGUCCCAAGUUAUGAACUACGAUCUACGGAUUUGAGCGCGGUGGAGUUUUGUAUGGAAAUUGACAGCUACGUGAACUCUCGACGUUUGCAUACAUCCAGAGCAUAUUUUCGUACAACGGGGGCCUCGGUGAGAGCGUGUGUGUUUACGAAAACCCCUCAAGUUCGUGUGUAACGUGGAAAGACCGAAGAAGACGUCGAUGUUGUUGUUGUGCCGUGUCGGUAGAGCGUAGCGAGCGAGCGAAGACUAUCAUCAUCAUCGAGGGCAAAGGAGGACGACACGGCCGAAAACUGAAUUGAAGAAGGCUGGUAUGGUGGCGGAGGCAACACAAACAAAAAGUUGUAAAAAUUUCUCUGAAUUAACAAUACACAAGGGGUGAAGGCGGGUCCGUUGUAUGUGCGCGACCUGCAAGAGUGGUGUGGCGACGAAACAGGGAAGAAUAAUAUUUGUCGGUGUGGCUUUUUUGUCGGUGCCUGUGUGGUGGAUAAGGAGGCAAAAUAUUCCACUUUUUUGUGUCUUCUCUCGAGCGCGAGAUCGUAGAUUUUUUUUUUGGAUCGUCGACUGAAUGCCUGCUUGCGUGUUUUUCGGCAACGGACGGCGCAAAGACGGAGAAUUCUUCGCGUAGACAGCUAUCCACCCGCGCGCGCGUUUCCAUUUCCGCACGUCGCAUUCUCCGCGGUUUCGAUUGGAACCAAUAACACACUGCUAUAGCUGAAGUCUUGGGCUAGCUCUGAACACAACACUCGCUCCGUUGCUAGAGGCAGGCGAGUGCGGGACGUUUGUAGUAGAAUCUGUAGAAUCUGUAGAAUCUGAAACGAUACGCACAGAAGAGGGUUUUCCGUGCUCUCCAUUCCCAUUCUACGACGGAUUCAUGCUGCCGUUGUUGUCCAAUAUCAAGGUACCUCUAACGAAGAUACGGGAAAGAAGAAUCGGUGGAAAAGGCGAGAAAAUAGAGAAAGAAAAGCAAUCGUCGGUGGUGUGCUAAAGAGAAGUUUCAACCCCAAGAAGAAGAAAACGGGCAAGAAGCGAAACGAAGCGCAAGAUCGUGUGUUUUGAUCAAAAAAUGUCGGUGAAAAGCUGUGUGGAAAUAUGGCAGUAGAGUGAAAAUUGAAUAGUGUGGAUACAUUUCUCGCCUCCGAAGAAAACCGGGUAUCGGGGCACAAGAAGAAAACGCAACGCAAUGAAUGCGCGACCGAGUGCGGCAAUGUUUUUGAAGACGAUGUCCAAGGUGGUGGUGAUCGUUGCCCGUUAGGAUCGGAGAGGAGGUUCAGAAGAUCCUCCAAAGGCGAGAAACGCGCUUAAGGUUGCGUUGGGUUGAUAAUAACACCGUUUCGGAACAAGUGACCAAGACAGCACGGGAAAGGUGGCUUGGUAUUGCAAACCGUACCAAACAUGGCGGGGAAUAUUGUUAAAUGGUGGAAGCACAAGAUUCUGGGCGGAUACAAACAGUUCACAGUGCUCCAGGAAUGUGCCACCGAUUCGGAGGAGUUGAUCUACCCGGUUCGAGCGCCGUCUGCCUGCAGUGCUCCGCCAGAUCUGCUACUGACCAGCGAUCGGGAGCAGAUGCUGAAAGUGAAAAGUUCCAAACAGCAUCAGCAACAGCAGUCGUCACAUAAUCAUCAAUCAUCACAGCAACAGCAGCAGAAUCAUCACAAGAACAGUGCGAUGACAGGCGGUCAGCAGCAGCAACAACACAAGGAAUCGUCUUUUAGGAAGUGUUCCGGCAGGACACCAACCGUCAAGAGCGAUCCCGAUCGGGUGCGGUUAGAGGAGUUCACCUGUGACGUAUCCCUGGAAGAUGGAAAGAAGCCGCAACCCCUGCAAUUCUCCUUCACGUUAUACGACCUCGACGGUCACGGCAAAAUCACCAAAGACGACAUCGCUGGCAUCGUGUCCACAAUCUACGAAUCCAUAGGCAAAUCGGUAGUAGUUCCUCAUUACGGUAGCAAAACGAUCAACGUUCGGCUAACGGUUUCGCCCGACGGCAAAACUAAGCAGACUGCUUCGGCGGUGAAAAAGGCCGCCAUUACGCCGCGGCGGCGUUACCGGCCAAGAAAGCUAAUAUCCGAUGACGAUGGCAGCGAUACGUCGGAAAACUGUCCACGGGUGAUGCGCACCCGGGCCAAUACGGUGGUGGCAAACACAACCAUCAACAACAACGUCAAACACAAGGAUAACAACGUGGCCAAAGACGAGGACGUCGUGGAUGGACUGACCAAGAGUUCCGAGGCUGUCGAGACUACAUUUCACAAUAACCUGAAUGGCAAAGGAAAGACGUUGAACGUCAAGAACGACAAACAUCUACGAAAGCAUCAACAACCUGAAGUGCUGCAACAUUCAAGCAGCGCAAGCGUCCAAACCGACCGUUGCGUUGAGCCAGAGUCCGGGCACGUUGAACAACUCCACUGCCACGACGGUGAUCUGUCGGGAUUGUUCGCUGGAGGGGUGCACGAUCGACGAAACUCUACCGCUUGGGACGGUGGUCAUUCCGGCAACUACUCCGGCCGCCGCCAUCAGCAGUCGAGCGAAGCGGAAGGUGGUGCGCAAAUCACGUUCAUCGCGGAAGGCUUCCAAGUUGACGGACGACUUCAGCAGACCGAGGGCUCGCAGUCUGUCGGUGGGCAACGAGAACUGCUACGAGAACAUGAUCGGAACAACGCAGGAAGAGUGCUGGAAGAGUUCGCUCUGUCGGCGGGAACUGAUCGAAAUCAUCCGGGACAGCAUGGUGAAGAACAGUCUCUGUUUUCAACCAAAUAGGAAACCUCUGGAGAAUUCACCAAAGCAUCGUCAUCGGUCGCACACGAUAGCAGCCCGCAUCGGAGCAGAGCACUGUGGAGAAACUGUCAUGGCAACUCAGCAAGCACUGGUGGCGGCUCACGAAACCAACCUGUGUGGCUA